AGAAACCAAGCAGGCGACCCUCCAGCCGCCGCUCCUCAUCACCAUUAUCUAGCCCAGUCAGUGCGAAUGUGUGGCGGUCACGCGGACUGCGCUCGCUCGGUCCUUUAGAACUUCUAAAGCUUAUCACCAGCACGCAGCGACCUCGUUUUUCAUGAAAAUACCCAUCAUCCGUUGUCCAUGGACCCCUGCGGGGAGCCUGUCGACCGACCUCCGAGCUCGUGGCAUUGAGUGACCCGGUACCUGUCCACCCAGUAGGACCGGUUGCCGAUAGUCCACCGCAGCCUGCCACUAUGGAAGAAUAGCGAAGGGAAUCUGUCUCUCCUUCUUCACAGAAACAAUUGUACAUGUGCCCCCCCCCCCACUCAAAACUAACGCACAGACAAAUCCCACCCCCUUGCUGUCUCCUUUACCAGUCAGGCGGCGAGGUGGGCAGCGGCCUUGUCAUCCUGCUAAAAGCGUCGUGGCUGCAUACGCUCGCCCCUUUUGUCAUGGAGACUGCUGUUGUUGUUGUUACCGUAGAGUCUCUCAGGCAGCUGCACAGGGAAAAGCAGGAGGCGGUGUGAAGUUUGCAAAAAAAAGAAAACAAAAAAAAGGCAGGAAGACGUCCGCCGGACCUGCGGAAGGACAUGAAAUUCAGCAGGGGGGUGAAAAACACACCAUGCGGCACCAGCGUCGCCCCCUUUCGCCAGUCAGAGAUUGGACCAAAAGCCGAGUUUUGAAAUAUUUGGAACAAACUUAAUCUGUAGCGAGGAAUGAACUGAGCAAUGGAAGACUGAUUUUUUUUUUUUCCUCCUCCCUCUUUGGAAGAACUUUACUCUUGAUCUGUUUGGUGGUGGUCUCCCGGAGUGAAAGCCCACCAAAAGUGCCUUUUUUUUUUUUUUACAGUAGAUUUGUGAAUAUUUUUGACUUGACUUCAGGGUGGAUGCCGACAUGACCAACAAAUAGCGGAAAAUCCACCGGCUUCCCGCUCGUCCCCGCGCAGACUUUCACACGUUGCCUUGCUUUCCCGUAACCACCAUGAUCUCACUGCAGUCCAAAUGGCGUUACCUGUUCAUGUUCCUCGGCAUCCAGCUGGUGGUCAUGGCGCUGCUGUCCCGGGAGGGCUACCAGAAAAGGGUUUCCUACUUCAUACGCAUCUUCCGCAAAUCGGACCCCGCCGGCGCGCAGGCUCAGAACCGCACGGCCACGGACGUGCCCGUCGGCAACGUGUACGGUAACCUCUCUCGCAAGGCGGAGAACGAUGGAGGAGAUGUCUUCUACUGUCCCAUGACGUCGCCUCUCUUAGCCGGGCCGAUGCACGUCAGCUUCCCGUCAGGCCUCACGCUGGCCGAGGUGAGGCGCAAGAAUCCGCUGGUGGAGCGCGGCGGGCGCUACCGGCCGGCCAACUGCGAGGCGCGCCACCGCACAGCCGUGGUCAUCCCGCACCGCCAUCGCGAGCACCACCUCAGGUUCCUACUCUACUACCUGCACCCGUUCCUGCAGCGUCAGCAGCUCAACUACGCCAUCUACGUCAUUCACCAGGCGGGCAGCUACACAUUCAACCGGGCCAAGCUGAUGAACGCCGGCUUCCGCGAGGCCAUGCGUGAGGAGGACUGGGACUGCCUGUUCUUCCACGACGUGGACCUGAUCCCCGAGGAUGAUCGCAACACCUACGUGUGCGACGCAAACCCCAAGCACGCCGCCAUCGCCAUGGACAAGUUUGGCUACAAGCUUCCGUAUCAGAUGUACUUUGGAGGAGUGUCGGCUCUCACGCCUCUCCACUACCUCAAAAUGAACGGCUUCCCCAACAACUACUGGGGCUGGGGCGGCGAGGACGACGACAUCGGCGUCAGAGUGUCUCUGGCGGGAAUGUCCAUCUCGCGUCCGUCCCUGAAGGUGGGCCGCUAUAAGAUGAUCAAACACAAGCUGGACAAAGGCAACGAUGUCAACCCAAAAAGGUUCAACAUGCUGGCCAAGACGCGUCAAACUUGGAAGCUGGACGGUAUGAACACGGCUGAGUAUGAAGUUUUGUCCCGGGAGUACCUCCCGCUCUACACAAACAUCACUGUCCACAUCGGCACAGAGGCCGGGCUGCAACCGCUGCCGCCACGGUCCACUGUCCCGAUCUCUGCCAAGGCUUCUGUCAAGCCCGCCACUCCGAAACCUGACAAAUAGCCUGUUGUCAAUUUUUUUUUUUUUUUUUUUUUGAGAGGCCUUAUUCGUCCUCGCGGGCUUGGCGCAUCUUUUGAAAAAUAUCAACUAUCCCUGUCGCGUUGGACUCUGUGAGUUUAUCGACGGUGCCGCCAUAUGCUGGCUGCUCAAACCUCCUGAUGCCUUCGAAUACUUGCGCAAUCCACUUCCACUAUUGAUGCUCCUUCGUUAACUUCUUUUCAAGUGGGGAGCGGGUGGGGGAUGUGGUUCUACUACAGUCAAAGGAUAUGGCCUAGUUUACACAUUUUGAGAAAAUGAAUACAAGCAUAUCGUGGCACAUUUUGCAGUAGUUUCAUAUUUCACUUCCACAGGUGGUAUUUGCAGUUAAUUCCGCAGGCCUUCAUAUUUGACUUUUUUGUGUUUGAUGGGUAGGACACAAGGUAGCGGCCAGGUUCCAAAAAAAAAUCAUCAGUCCAAUUAAGUUAUUGUUGAUAAAAGGAUAAAUAUCAAUAUUUCGAGCACAAUUCCUUUUUUUCUUUUUUUUUUUUACAUUACAUAUAUGGAUAUUUAGCCUAUCAAAAAGAAACCAACAAAUUUGAAUUAUAUUCAUGUCAACAGCGGUGCCUGAAACAAACUUCAAUGAGUAUUAUAAAGUGAAAAGUAAUUGCAAAAAAAUCGAUAGAUUAAAAUGUUAGUAUGCAAAUAAUAAUGAAAUAAAAUACUACGCUACCCGUUCAGAACCAACACAUUAAAAAUUGUUUUCAUCAUCAGUCUCUUCAAUAAAACUUCAAAAAUCUAAAUCAACAUUUUUCAUCACAAAUGAAGUUACAUUAGGAAAUUCCUCAUUUCUCUUGCAUGGCACCCUCUCAACAAAAAAAAUCACUAACUCAAAAUUAAGUCUUAUUAAUUAAUCAUUUAAUUUUUGACUCUUUUGCCUUUCUAUAAUACUUUUUUAUUUGUAUUUUAUUUUGUACUUUUAUAAACUUGAAGAUGUGUUUUCUUCUCCCAACACGCAAAAACAAAAUAUUGUAAUUUUUGCAAAAUGCUAAGAAAUAUUUUUGCAUUUUCUGAUUGAGGGGGGAAAAAAAAAACUUUUGCACCUGACGGUGACAAAUACUGCACAGCUCUCCUUCCUUUCAUGCAGUAAAUGUCCACCACAUGCUCUUUGCCUUAACAUCCACCAAACAGAGACAUCAAACAUACACGAGUGUUCUUAUACAAAAUCAUUGUAAUCUGAAUAUUAAUCCAAUGUUGUAAUCAGUGUCUCAGGAAGCCACCGACCAAAGAGAAUCUGGGAGGGACAGAGUAUGUAUACCAGCUAUUAUAGAUAGUUCAUUCAGCAUUUAUUCUAUUUCCUUGAUAUCCAGCUGACGGUGUCUUUACUAGCUCAUUGUCCUCAAUAGUCAUACAAUUCAUUGCAGUAAUGAAACUGUCUUUGAGGGGGGGGGGGGGGUUUGUUUGUUUUUAAAUGAACCUACAACUCAUACCACUUUGGGUCUGUUAGUACACAAACUUUUUUUUUUCUUUAUCCUUGAUAUCCAUCUUAAGUUCCAUGUGCUAAGAGGCUCAAUGAAGCACACUAGUAGACCACCCAAGUGGAUGUUUUUGCAGUCCGACAAGGUAAAGCCGUUUGACCGUUUAUUGAUAUCCCGGACAUCCAUCCUGAGGUCCAUGCUCUUCUCCUCCUUCACUAGUAACAAUUUAGUGCACUAGUAUAAGAAGUAGGGAGUAUUAUUAGGAUGACUACAUGUCAUUAAUGAGGUACAACAGUUGUACUGAGUAAACGGUGAUGCUAGUAUUAGAAUUGCCCUAUUAGAGAUGACAAAGAGCCUACUAGUGAAUGGACCUUAAGGUUGGUAUAAAAAAAAAAGACAUUCUACAACUUUUCAUUCAUGGGUUGUGAACAAUUGAUUUCGACUUGGCAGCAUAUCGAAUUCACUCUGCAUAUUAGCAGGUCAGUGCACUGUAAAAAGUGUCCUGAUUUUUGGUGUAACUUUUUUUUCUUUGUGACAUUGCAGCUUAGUACUGGACUGGGGUACUGUUGGCUCUGCUUGUGUAUGUGAGUGUAUGUGUGUGUUCAACACACUUGAGUGGCCUUAAAUUCUGUAAUAAAUCGAUUAUUCAAAUGCUGUAUGGAGGGUGCGGUAAUUAUGCAACUGUUGAACAAAUGUUUUAUUUCACAGUUUUCACUGAAGACUCAAAGUGCUCCACACAGUUGAAAUACAAUCACAUUUUAGAUGAGACAUAUUUUUUUUUCAUCAGCAAUCUAGCUGUAAUCGAAUUGCCAUUACCAGGCCCAAACCUGUUUGCUUGUGAGCUAAUUGAAAACUCACAUACACUAAGCCCUGCUGCGAAUUGCAAAAAUUUGAAAUUGGACCUCCCCAAAUGGUUUAUAAUUGAACAUAGGUGGCCUAAGUUGGUGGCAAAGCAUUUAAAAAAAAAAAAUCAAAAUUUAAAUACUGUAUACUCAACCCAGUUCAAAAUUCUUGGCACCAGGUUGCCACAGGAUGGCGCCAAAACGAUUUUCAGUUUGUCAAACUGUCAUUAUAUGUCAUGGUUCACUGUCGUUAAAAUUUCCAAAGGUUGACCUUAGCAAAUGUAAUCCUGGUAUCGCUCCCUCUUGCGAGAGAGCAAGUAGCUAGCUACUAUCUUCAUAGAUAGUAAUUAACUUGGCAAAAAAAAAAGUUUUGCUCCACUUGUGCUUUUUAAACUUUUAAAUUUGCAUUGUAUACUUAAAGUAUUAACUGGGCAAUGACACAAAGGGCUGAAAAAAGGCAUACGUUUCCCUAAGAAACAAACAUGGCAGGAGAAAUACAGUCCUGCAUUGAGUGGAAAUCACUCAAAAUCAUCUAAAUUACUGAGUAAAAGUUU